AUGAUAUUUCCUGCUUAUUUCUCCCAAGUACAACUGGUGAAUGGACGUAACAGGUGUGAGGGCAGAGUGGAGGUGCGUUACAAUAGCUCCUGGGGCACAGUGUGUGAUGAUGACUGGGACAUGGUGGAUUCCAAUGUGGUGUGUCGGCAGCUGGACUGUGGAGUGGCUGUGAAAGUGGGCAGCAGUUCUCAGUUUGGACAAGGCACAGGGCCCAUACUGCUGGACAAUGUGGACUGCAGAGGAAGUGAAGCAGACCUCAGCCUGUGCAACAGUCUGGGGUGGGGAGUCCACAAUUGUUACCACUAUGAAGAUGUGGGUAUUACCUGCAGAGAACCAGCAGUGGUGGGGGGGAAAGGUUUUGAGGCUUUCACCACCCCACCCCAGAGGAAUUUCAGUAUACGAGAUGGCACCAUCCGUCUCGUAAAUGGACAGAACUCCUGCCAGGGCCGGGUAGAAAUUCACUACCAGGGAAAGUGGGGGACAGUGUGUGAUGAUGACUGGGUUCUCAAUAAUGCCCAUGUGGUGUGCCAACAGACAGGUUGUGGUAAUGCCACCCAUGCACACACUAACUCCAAUUUUGGCUAUGGCACUGGCCUGAUUCUCCUGGACAAUGUCAACUGCUAUGGCACAGAGCAGGAGCUAACUAAGUGCAAAAGCCUGGGCUGGGGCACACACAACUGUGGUCAUCAUGAAGAUGCUGGUGUCACCUGCAAUGACAAACCAGCCAUUCGUCUAGUAAAUGGUGACAAUAGCUGCCAGGGUCGUGUCGAGGUCCUCUACAAAACUAUUUGGGGGACAGUGUGUGAUGAUGACUGGGACGUCAUCAACGCCAAUGUGGUGUGCUGGCAGCUUGGCUGUGGCCCAGCUACUGAGGCUAAGAGCCAGGCCUUCUUUGGGUAUGGUAAAGGUCCAAUCCUGCUGGACAAUGUAGAUUGUAAAGGAUCUGAAGCGACGCUUUCAGAAUGCUUCCACCUGGGCUGGGGUCAGCACAACUGUGGCCAUCAUGAGGAUGCUGGAGUCAUCUGUGCAUCUUCUGAAUACUACAUUGCUGCUGGACUUGACUUUAGGUUAACAGAAAGGAUACUUGCUACCAGCAUGACCACACAACCCCUUGAAGGAAUGGUGAGACUGAUGGGUGGCCGACAUCAAUGUGAGGGUCGAGUGGAGACUUAUUUAAAUUCUGGAUGGGGUACAGUGUGUGAUGAUGCUUGGGACCUUCCUGAUGCUCAAGUUGUAUGUCGCCAGGUGGGCUGCGGAGUGGCCACAGCGGCUCUGGGAGAAGCUGUCUUCGGGCCUGGAAGAGGAACAAUCCUGCUGGACAAUCUGAAGUGCAGCGGCGCAGAAGCCUCCCUGCACGAGUGCUCCCAUAUAUCCUGGAAUGUGCACAACUGUGACCACUCUGAAGAUGCUGGUGUCACCUGCUCACUGUUGUGAUUUCAGCAAACUCACACCUCCUUCCCCACCAUGGAAAGGAGGUGGGUGUACCAGCCUAGGACUUGUAUGCAUAAUGUAAAUAACAGCUUUCACAUUGCUUAAGGAUACUCCA